AGUUCUGCAACGUUACCCACCUAAACACUUUCUGCAGCUCGAUGACCGCAAUUCCGAGUACUCAGAAUCAAGAUAAAAUCCGCAUAAAUGGUCUUAUCCUCCAGUUAAGCAUAGGCGGUACUACACCUAAGGAGGGAUCCUUGCAGCCAAUUCACAUAUCUCUGGCCAUUAAACAUGACGUAUCUGUGGCAGCAACUUUGGACAGCAUAAGUCAUUCCAUCGAUUACGCCUCCAUCUGCAAUACCGUAUCCGACUGUUUGGUUUCCCAACAUUUUACAUGUCUAGAGACUUUGAUCGAUCAUAUAUUCACGUUCAUAUUCGGGGCUCAUGCGGAGAUCUCAGAGAUGUUCGUCUCAGCUUUCCAAAAUAGUGUCCCGGAGAGCCUUCCAGUUUCUUCCUUUGGAUACGAGUCAAACAGGAAAAAGGAUGGAACAUCACCAAGGUCGGACUGUUUCACCAUGAGAGAAAUCCAAAGCGCCACAAUAGUUGGUAUAGAACCCCAUGAAAGAACGGCGAUCCAGCCUGUUUCUUUCGAUGUGGACAUCCAACGGUCCCUGAGAUCUUCUCGAUUUUGUGAUUUUUCUGGACUCACGAGAUCAAUUCAUGAUCAAGUCGCGAAAACAUCUUUCUAUACAUUGGAAGCACUGGCAUCGUUUGUUGCCCUUGGUGUGUUGAAGCAUACUGGUGAAAGUCAGGAUACUGUCACCAUCAAAGCAGCGAAACCCAACGCUCUAAGUCUCGCAAAGUCCGCUGAAAUUGAGCUGGUCCGCACCCAAAGCCACUACCCCGAUAUCUUUUCGAUAGGGCCAGAGGGUCGCAGUCAAAGCCUAUUAGACUACACACCCUCCCCUCUCGGUUUAUCUGCAAUGAUAUCGUCUAUAAGUCCACCCAAUAAAGCUUCCCCAGCUUUGCAUGUCGCUGCCAUAGCGCUGGGAUCCAAUCUAGGUGACAGAUUCGCAAACAUUGAAACUGCUCUUCGGCUGUUGGAAAAUCCUGCUCGAACGCUUGACGAACUCCAACAAGAUGCAGAAGUUGCGAUCAUCGACACCAGUUUCAUGUAUGAAACAACUCCAAUGUACGUUAUUGAUCAACCACUUUUUGCAAAUUGUGCAUGCAUGGUCGAAACGAACCUGCGUCCUGAGUUACUUCUUAAACUGUUAAAGCAGAUCGAGACUACUGUGGGUCGUGUCCCGUCAAUUCGAAAUGGACCCCGAGCUGUGGAUCUGGAUAUCUUGAUUUAUGACAUGGACAUGAUCGACACUCGACCCAAAGAACAGAGAUAUCACUUAGGAGACCUCGAGGGUCAAUUACUCGUCCCCCAUCCCAGGAUGGCCGAGCGAGAAUUUGUCCUAAGGCCGUUGAACGAUAUGAUUCCAAACUAUAUACAUCCGGUUUACAAGCAGUCCAUUCGAUCUAUGCUGGACUCACUGAUGGAAGCUCAUACUGGAGACGAUUUUCCGAUGCAAAAAGUCAUUCCGUUUCCCCGAUAUCCUUUAUCUGAUCCUGCAGUACCAAACCUUCUCGACGUCCCUGUUCCUCCUACCGCCAAACACUGGGCCUUUUCCGUUACCAAUUCCGCGAAUACAUCAACGAAUUCUCUGCCUCGAACAACAUACGUCAUGGCUACCCUAAACGCUACCCCAGACUCAUUCUCUGACGGAUCCAUCCAUAAUGCCCUGCCAGACGCUCUUUCGUAUGCCACCACCUCCGCAGCAUCCGGAGCAGAUAUCAUCGAUAUCGGCGGCUACUCUACGCGGCCAGGAGCAGCUUAUGUUUCUCCUCAAGAAGAAAUAGACAGGAUAGUGCCCAUCAUCAACGGCAUUCGUUCCAAUCACGACGAAGGUUCCAAAGUGAAAGAAUGUUUAAUCAGCGUGGAUACGUUCCGCUGGGAUGUGGCGAAGGCCGCUAUACUGGCAGGGGCUAACUGCAUCAAUGACGUGUAUGCUUUCACUGGACCUGAUUACCCUCUCAGUGCUUCCUCUGCUGAGCACCUCCUGGAGAUGCGACAAAUAGCAAGGGACCUCGCCGUCCCCGUCAUCCUCAUGCACUCUCGUGGAGACGCCGGUUCAAACAAAGAUGAUGGAGACAGUGACGCGAGCGGGAUGCAAGGCAAUGCAACCGAGCGAGUGUUGGCAUGCAUUCGAGAAGAACUAGGAGAGAAGGUGAAUGCGAUUGUCAAAGGGCGAAACGGGGUAAGGCGUUGGAUGGUCAUCAUCGACCCGGGAAUUGGAUUUAGCAAAACAUUAGAGGGGAAUCUAGCGGUACUGCGACAUGCGUCUUCCAUCACGGCUGAUGUACAGGGCAACCAUCUAACUGGAUAUCCUUGGCUUAUCGGCGCCUCGAAGAAAUCUUUCCUAGGAGCGAUUCUUGAGCAACCGAAUGCACAAGGUUCAUAUGGCGGAAGGAAAACCCAACCUAAAGACCGAGGAUGGGCUACCGCUGCUACCGUAGCCUGUGCUGUUCAACAAGGAACAACGAUAGUGAGGGUACACGAUGUAGAGGAUAUGCAUGACGUUGUUUCCGUAGCUUCUGCACUCUGGCACAAAUGAUCACUUAAGAAAUUUCUU